AUGAAGCAAAUCGCGUCAGAAUUUAAAGAGAUGUUGACGAUGCGAACGAUGCGCUCGGUGUCACCAAAACCUACGUUUCGUAUAAAGGAAAAGGAGGAAAAGGACACCGCCGAUGUGACGAGUAAAAAAGCCGACGGAGCGUUCGCAUCGUCGUCGCUCGAAGAAGAAGAAGAGGUGCGACAUUUCGCGGCGAGAUUUUGA